AUGACAUCCUCACAAGCAGGUAACUAAUCUCCGAUGUCUAAAAGCACUGGCUAGUUUAGAAAUAAAACAGAUAGCGGUCAACACUUUUAUAGCACAUCAUAGUCAAUGAAUUAAUCAAAUUCUUCAAAACUUUUUGCAUGCCCAAACAUUGUUGGAAUGUCUCAGUAUGUAAGCGCUUCCUCUCUACGCCAUGCUUCACCUUAAAUUAGUUUUUCAAAGUAAGAAAGAUUCCCAGAGCUUAAAUCCAGUGAAUCUACAUUAUCAUAGAGAAUUAAUUUACCCAGCACAAACUCUCCUAAAUCUUGCACUUUUGGGUUCGGGUAAAAACAAUUCAUUCCACAACACGUCUUGAGAAAUGCUAAGGAUAACCCUUCACCAAAUCAUUAUUAAUCCGCAAAGUCGAACUCCCCUUUAAACACAACUCAUCACGGAAGAUCAUUUGGAAUUCCUUUCCAUUAUUACUACAGAACUUAUAUUCCAGGAUAUAAAGUUCAAUGCACAGAAGUAGCAAAAGAAUUACCUGGAGUUGGCUAAUAUGAAAUCACAAAAGAACCUGGAAAAGAUAAAUUGAAGUUUUCUUUAUUCGGAAAGCCAAGAGAUAGAAAUUAUAACUCAGACUUCCCUGCAUGUAAUCACUACAAUCCAAAUCCAGUCCUAGAACUAAAUGCUCGCUAUACCAAACUCACCUUUGGAAAAGGUAACAAAUAUGACUUCACAAAAUAAAAUAGAAAUAUUAACCCUGGUCCAGGCACAUAUAAAUUACCUUCGCCUUUUGAUAAAUUCAGCCCUUUAAAUAGAAACAAAAAAGAUGUAAGAAGGACAGCCUUCAUAUGA